AUGAAGCCACAUAGCGAAAACGGAAACACAUCAGGCCCGAAUUUCAGCGACGGUGAAGAAGCUGAAAAUAUGUCAUGGAGUUUGUCGAUCACAAAUGUGCCGAACGAUGUUUAUGACGAUCAAACUACGAAGGUAAGCAGUUUUUCAUUGCGAAAAUAGUUUGCUUAAACUUUUCUUAUUGCUUUUAUUGAAACUAAUGGCUUUAAACGUUCUUGAAGCUUACGCUUUAUACUUACAUGUGUUUGCAAGGAAAGUUUUAAAACAGCUGCUAGCAAGCUUUCCAGGUCGGGGUGAUUCGAAUCUCCUGGGAGAAUGGAAAUAGGUUCGAACAAUCGGGAAGUUCAAUAAAAAUUAUGAUCGAAAUUAGCAACUUCAGAAACCUCGGCCACCUCGAAGCGAUAUGUAUCCGUAGUGUGAUGGUCAAAUGGAAGGUUCAACACUCUCCCCUCCCCCCUGGGCAGUUCAUUGAUCCCUACGAAGGGGUGGGGAAGUUGAACUGUAGCUACAAUUUCUUGUGCCAUGCAGAGGCUUUCAAAGGGAAAGAUAAGAUUGUAGGUUCUUGGCUGAUUGGUUGCGAAGCAAAGAUCUACACAAGCUUUGCAUUGAAUAUUUGGAAGAUAUUAAAAAUUUUUUUUUUGGUUUUUGUGAUUGUUGUUUUGAAUAUGAAUAUAUUAAGUUGCAUAAUAAUAAUACAGGUGAUUAAUAAUUGCUUAAAAAUUGAUAAAGGUCAAUAAGUAAAAAAAUAAUUAUUACCUUGACUGGCCAUAUGUAAUGCCUAUUAGCGGUUUUCACAAAACGUCACCAAAAUUCAAACUAAGGAACUAUCGAUUCUUCUGAGUUUCUGCUUUCAUGAGGUAUUACAGCACCUAAAAACCUUUAUUUACACAAAUUUUUGGUUUCAAAGGGUUCUUCGUUUUGCGAUAGAUGACGCUUGAAUUUCCAGGCUUUUGUGUGACGCAGCAUUUAGCUGGCGGCCGGGAAAGCUCUUAAGUGGGUUAAAAACAUCACUGAUUUUUUGAGAUUUUGCUAUCUAAACAUUCCUUGUCUUAGAAUAAAUACUACUUUAAUCUUGUAAGAAAACACAAAAACGGAUGUUUCUGUUGGUUUCCGGGGGCCAUAUUUGUGCCCCUUAAAGGGACACCAUCAUGGUGUCUCCAUACAAAGCCUUGUAAAUUUGGGUGAAACGUUUUUCUGAAUAUCUCGCAUAUCAAUUAUCGCACAGAUCUUAUUCUUGGCGAGGCUUUUUGUAUAUUUGUCUUCUUUCAUUUCCCAGAUCUGGACUUUCUGUAUUGACUGGUUUGCAUGUUAAUUUUUGACGGCAUGACAGUGAAAACACAGAAUUCAGCCACUUUACACAAGAGUUUUAUUUGCAUUGACAUAUGCCACAGUGUUUCUUGGUUUUAUUUGUACUGGAUGUGAAUCAUUUGCUGUAUUCAUAAAGUUGUUUUUCAACAGCUGAAGGCAGGAAAAAGCUAUUUCUAUAGCUAUAGAGUGAAUGUUAUAAGUGAAUACAAAACAUCAACAUAAGAAGAACUUGAAAAGGUGAAAGAAUUUAACAAAAGACUAAUUUACAUUUUUGUUCGUAGUUGGUCAUAAUCAGAGUUCGCAGUGGCGAAAGACUUAUUCACUUCAUCAGUUGAUAUGCGUAGAGGUUUUAAAGCCUUCUCCAACAAAUUCUUGCAUUCUUCUGUCAUUAGACCUCCCAUAAUGGUACGUAGAUGAAUUAUGACAACAUAUAACACAAAAAAGAAGAUAAAAAGAGCAAAACGCAGCUUUGAUAAGCUAAAUUCACUGUAAAUUCAACAAAGCUAAAAAAUUACAGCCACUUUUCUCGCGACCGCUGACCCAAGCAAAGCUACUACAGGGUGAAAGGAGGUGAGGGCAUUGGAUUACAUUACAUGUACCUAGAAUGGAUUUGUGAUAAGUCCUACAUCUUAUUUCAUGUACAGUGUUGUAUUUUGUUGGAUGCUUUUCUGUUAAAGUGGUUGUAGGUCACUGAGUUCACCAGUUUUUUAUCUGCUUACCAUAAUCUUGAUGAUUUUGCGUUGCUUUAUUUUUCAGGAAUUAUUUGAAAAACUGUUCUCUCCUUAUGGAAGUAAAAAUAACAGAAGCUUCAUUUACUUGCGAACUUUUCACAGAGUACGAGUAACAUUCGACAACGAAGAGAAAGCCAAGGAAGCCAAGAAAGAUCUUCAUGGGCAACUUUUCUUGGGUUAUGAACUUGGGGUCUUUUUUGUUCAGGUGAUUACUAAGUUGUUGUUGUUGUUGUUGUUGUUUUUCUUCACAUGUUUGUGGCUGCUUUCUUUCUUUAGGGAAGGUGCAGCUAUUAUAUCAUGGUUGGUGUAAGUGAGCCAGUCAGUAAAUAUUAAGUAAUUAUAAUUUCAGAAUAAGAAUACAUACAGUAGGCCAAAUUUUUGUUGCAAAUUUCUUGCACCAUGAUUUUUGGGCCAGUUAAAUGCUACAUACUUUGGAAUAUUUUAUUUUAAGCAGAUUUCUAGCUAUUGCAAAGCAAUGAAUGCCAAAAUGAGUGAUUUUUGGAGUUUAUUCCGGAAAAUAUGGUCCAAAAUACUGUCCAUCUGAGUAAACUUCCACAGGAAACCAAAAUAAUACUAACAAAAAUUUAGUGCAGUUGUUGUUGGGUUGGCUUUAGCAGUAAAAAAUCCCUUUCAUAUUAAGUACACAAGGUAAAAAAAUCGUAUUUUGUAUCAUCAAAACCUUAAUUUCUUCUGAGUACAGCCCAAACUACAUUGUAAAAGAAGUGUGUUAUUACCUUAAAAAUAAUAUACAAAAAGUAUACAGUGGAACCCUGCUUUACAGACACCCCCUUAUUACAGACACCUUGUUAUUACAGACAGUUUUAUUUGUCCGUGGGGAAAGUGCUUACAUUUUCUCUAAAUUCAACAAGCUUAAUAUGGACUCCAGUCAAUGUGGACAACAGACACUUAUUUCUUGCCCAAUCAACAAAUUCUCAUACAUGUAGAAAGCCAACCUCGCUAAUUUGGACACUUCAUUAUCAAUUGUGUGCUGUAAAAGACCUUUCCUUUUUGAAGGGAAAAAAUCCUACAGUUGCAGACAGCAGCAUGUUGAUACUCCCAGUGCUACCAUACACGAGAUAGAAUGAUUUGUAGACGUCAGUUUUUGGCAAGUUAUGCAGAGAAGGGUUUUGAUUGAGUGAUAAUUACAAAUGAGUUAUUUUUAAGUGCUGCCAUGGACUUAAGCCGCAUAAUGGCAGCUUUGUGAAGGUUAGAGAAGUUUAAUUUGGCGAUGCUUAUGUCCUGUUUUAUUUCUUUUUCUUUGGUAUUUUGUCCUAGUAAAAAGGGGUUUUUUGACUUUAAUAACGUGAGCCAUUUAAUACAGACAGCCCUUUAAUACCAACACUCUCUGUUGUCCCUUCAGUGUCUGUAUUAACAGGGUUUGACUGUAUAAUUAUGUAGUAGUUAUUACGGUGAACUCCCUUUGUUGCAGACACUCUUGCAACUUUAAAUUAUUAGUCUCGCUUGCGUAAGCAGCGAGACUCAUAAUCUGCAACCCAUUUUUCUUCGUAUUUACAUGUGUAUGACACUAAAGUGGGUCAUUGUGCCAGGCGUUCCUAGCGGAGACCGUGGAAACCGGGAAUAAGAAUCAUUGCAUGACCAAAGCCGUGCAUGUUUUGCAAAGUGAGCUUAGGAAAGAUUAAAUUUAGAGCUUUUCUGAAAUGUGUUGGUCCACAAAUUCUAGCGCUUGAGAGGGUUGAUCAGUUUGGAACAAGUGAACACUACUGAGAGAUCGACAAAAAUAAGGAUGGUAAUUAGCAAAACUGCGAUGGUUGGGUGUUGUAAACUUUCAUUGCAUGCAAGUGGGUCUUGUGAUGAGCAUGCGGCAAUGAUGCAAUUUCUCUGGAGUCGAGGCCCUUGAUUUUGGUGUGUUUAUACACUCAUAUAGCCUGGGACCGCACAUGUAUUUCCGGUCAUCGCUAGCACGCAUACUAAAUCAAUUCAGAAACAAAUAAAAAGAAGAAUACUCGACUUCGCUAAAGUAGGAGGUAAAUAUAAGACCUUUAGCGAGUAAAUCCUGUUUCUUGUAGAAUUAAUCGCCUCCUCAUUUCUCAAUCUAAUCUCCAAGCAAGCGAGACUGAAUGCUGCUGUAGGAGCGUUCUUGUUGUUCUCAUAAGCGAAAGUCUGCAAUAGCUGGAAUUUUUUCAGUCAAACAUCGGUAAUGUUUUGGGGGGGUGGGGGCUGGGGUGGAAUCUAGCACCAAUUUUGCUCAGAGGUGUCUGUGAUAGCAAGGUGUCUGCAAGGCAAGAGUCAGCAAGAAUUGAUUGUUCUCAGUCCACCCUUCGUUAAAUGACCACCUAAAAUGCUCAGAUGUGUUUGUUGGAUGCCUUUGGGGCUGGUCACUCACAUGAACUGCCAUAGUGCAGUACUUUACCUGGCAAAAGGAACCGGUAUUUUGAAUAGGUAGUACAUGUAGCUCUCAAGAAAGUGCUCCAAGCGGCAACCAUUUUGGUCUCCGUGGUGACUUGUUUUGAUACAAACGUCUCUCCUCUUAUAGAAAUUUUGCUUAAAAAAUAAGUUACAGUAGUUAGAAUAACAUGAUUUACAUGAUAAAGUAGGAAGGGUUGUGUCAAAACAAGGUCAACUCCAACCUCGUUUUCACCUGUAACUGUAAAUGGACUAUUUGCAUGAAAAAGUGUUUCCAUAUCAUUUAUCCCUUUUACCCUCGUUGACCUGGUAUAAAGCCUUGGGUUGUCACGUAUCCAAAUUCAAUGAUUGCGAUAUUCGUCCAGCCAAGCCCCUGAUGGUCACCAACAUUUUGUCUGGUGACCAUUCUAUAAUUUCAGGUCCCCAAAAGGCUACUUUGAACAAGGCUUAGCUUGGAGCAUAUUAUAGUAUCAAAAGGUGCCAUGCAUGAAAGUUUGACUGUAUUUUGUUACUAGCCAGUGGUGGAUCCACACUCUGAGAUAAGGGGAAGAGGAAAGGGGCGGGGGGGGGGGGUGCAGUCUCCCCCAAAAAAUUCCAGCCCUUCAGGUCUCAGUUUGGUCUAAAAACAAGGGGGCGGGGGCAGGCCACUGUGGCCCCUCCCCUUGAUCCACCACUGCUAUUCUCAGUGCUCUAAGUGUGAAAACCUCUGUAUACCAUAAAUUAUACCUCAAAAUCCAAGCUGAACUUGAGACAUGUAGGUGUCUAAUCUUUUAUUGAUUCUGUGAUUUUUUCAUCAGAGACGUUCUUCUCUUAACAACAACUCUAAUUUAAUGCCGCCACCACUGACAAAACAGUUCUUGAUUUCUCCUCCUGCUUCCCCACCCGUUGGCUGGGAACAGAGUGUGGAAUCUCAUCCGGUGAUCAACUAUGAUCUGUUAGCUGCAGUAGCAAGCUUGGACACUGCAAAACCUUACCAUCUGCACACUUCACCAGAUGACACACCAAGUAUAGUGGUGCAUUUGUGUGAUGAAGACCAAAGAGAUGCAGAAGAUGAGGACUGCAAGUUUCAUCCAUUAAAAACUCUGCCUAGAGAAGUGACGCAAACCAGAAGACCAGACAGAAAAAUUAACCAAUAA